AUGGCGUCACUGGAGUUGAUAACGCCUCACUUAUCCAAAAUCAAAAUACCUGGACAACAACAAAUAGUGUAUAAAGAUGAAUGUGUUUAUUCUUUUGACAAUCCGGAAUCCGAAACCGGUCUAUACGUCUCGCUCACAUCAUUCCUCGGUUUCGGAAGAAACUACGUGGAGCAGUACUUCCAGAAGACCGGCAACGCUGUGUUCCUCCACAUACACAGAGAGAAGAAACCGGUGCCGGAGCCCGAGGUGACCGGUGACGGGCCGGAGAAGAAGAUCACGAGGCUCGCGAUCGGCGUGGAGGGCGGGUUCGAACCCGACAUCGCGAAACCAAAGUUCACCUACACGGACCACUACGCCGUCGUGGUGCUGCCCGGAUUCCACACUUACCCGUGGCCGGAAAGCGACCUCCCCGAGGUGGUGAAGAAAUCCGUUCAGGCCGUGAUCGAUGCAGAAUCACCAUUCAAGAUGGCGGAGGCGGCCGCGUUGCGGGGAACGUGGGACGGCGAGUCCAGACAGGUUUCCACGCACGCGCUGGAGCUGAAGCAGCUGGACAACGGCGUGAAGAUCCCGCCCAGCGGCUGGAAGUGUGCCAAGUGCGAUCUCACCGCCAACCUGUGGCUGAACCUCACCGACGGCUCCAUACUGUGCGGGCGCCGCUUCUUCGACGGCACCGGCGGCAACGACCACGCGGUGGAGCACUACAGAGCCACCGGUUUCCCGCUGGCGGUCAAACUCGGCACCAUCACGGCCGACGGCAAAGCGGACGUGUUCUCUUACAUCGAGGACGAGAUGGUCGAGGACCCCUACCUGGCCGACCACCUCAAACACUUCGGCAUCGAAGUGCAGAACAUGCAGAAGACUGACAAGUCUAUGGUGGAGCUAGAGCUGGAAUUGAACCAGCGCACUGGGGAGUGGAGCACACUGCAGGAGUCUGGAAGCGAGCUGCAACCACUGCACGGCCCCGCCCUCACGGGCCUCAACAAUCUUGGCAACUCUUGCUACAUGAACAGUGUGAUACAGGUCAUUUUCAGAAUGCCAGAUUUCAUCCGACGCUUCGUUGAGGGUGCACCUGAAAUAUUUUCCACAUUCCCCUCGGAUCCCGUCAAUGACUUCAAUGUUCAAACCGCCAAGCUCGGCGUGGGGCUGGUGUCGGGGCGCUACUCGUUCCCUGGCGCCGAGGGGGCGCAGAGCGGCCUCUCGCCGCACAUGUACCGGCAGCUGGUGGGGCGCGGCCACCCGGAGUUCAUGAGCAAGCGCCAGCAGGACGCGCACGAGUUCUACCUCCACCUACUCAACCUCGUCGAGCGCAACAGCCGGCACCGCGCCAACCCGGCGGACUGCCUGCGCUUCGCGGUCGAGGAGCGGCUGCAGUGCGGCGCGUCGAGCGGCGUGCGCUACACGCGGCGCGCGGAGCACCACCUGCCGCUGCCGGUGCCGCUGCACAGCGCCGCCAACAGGCCGCAGCUGCGCGACUACGAGCAGAGGCGGCGCGAGGCCGAGGAGAGGGGCCAGCGGCUCGACCCGUCGCAGAUCGUUCGCCCCAAGAUCCCGUUCGAGGCCUGCCUGGAGAGCUUCAUGCGCGAGGAGACCGUCGAACAGUUCUUCAGCACGGCCGUCCAAAAGAAGGUCACCGCUACCAAGAUAACCCGUCUGGCAACAUUCCCCGACUAUUUGUUCAUCCAACUAAAGAAGUUCACCAUCAAAAACGAUUGGACGCCGGCGAAACUGGACGUGGCUGUCGACAUGCCUUGGGAGGUGGACCUAGGGUGCCUGCGCAGCCGUGGUCUGCAAUGCAAUGAGAUUCUGUUGCCAGAAGCGGAUCCUGAGGUGCCGCCACCAGUCUAUAACGAAACACUGCUGACUCAGUUGCUGGACAUGGGAUUCCCCGUGGAGGCAUGCAAGAGGGCGCUGUACUUCACGAACAACUCGGGCAUGGAGGCGGCCUCCAACUGGCUGAUGGAGCACAUGACGGAUUGGGACUUUGCCAACAAAUUCGAGCCUCCCGGCACUCGGCCCACAGGUGGCGCGGCGGCGCCCGUGGACGAGGCGAGCGUGCAGAGCGUCGUGGGCAUGGGCUUCAGCCGGCCGCAGGCGGAGCGCGCGCUGCGCGAGACGGGCGGCGACGUGGGCCGCGCCCUCGACUGGAUCUUCAGCCGCGCCGACCAGCUCGACGCCGAGGAGGCGCCGCCGCGCAGGGAGGACCGCAUGCUCGGCUGCCGCGACGGGCCCGAGAAGUACAAAUUGGUGGCGUUCAUAUCGCAUAUGGGAACGUCGACGAUGGUGGGGCAUUAUGUGUGUCACGUUCUCCACGAAGGACGCUGGGUCAUAUUUAACGACAAUAAGGUUGCUCUCUCAGAAAAUCCUCCCAAGGAACUCGGCUACUUAUAUCUUUAUGAAAGGUUG